GUUAGUACCAACCUGAAAACAGUACUUACACAUUGCAAGGACAACAGUUGGAGGGCAAACACAGGUCUCUCAAUUACCAAUAUGCUGUCUCUCGGGAGGGCUCAAACCAUAUAUGCUCUGGGCGGCCUGUUGUUUCUCCUUAGCACGGCCGUCGCCAAUGUUGAAAAGACAAUAUUCACAGCUCCUGCAUCACUCCCUAUUCCCCAACAGAAGCCUUCGCUGGGUGAUCUCAGACUACCGAUCCUUACACCAGACGCCCCAAGUAUUCGAACUCAUAUCAGCCGCAGCUUUCCCUCUGAGCCAAAGGAUUACGCUUCCGGCGUUGCAACAUGGGUGCUUCUUGAUAAACUAAACCAAGGCCAGCGGUAUGAGUUUCGUGUAUGUUGGGCUGCGGUCCAACCAACUGGGUUUGACUUGGGUGUAUACGAGCUGGACACCGUGUGGCAGACACCAGAGCUGAUUCAGUCACUUGCCAGCUACUCAUUUUCUCGCCAAGAUCAAGAAGCUAGGCUGACAGAAGAGUCAACUCAAACUGAAGGCAGGGAGCGCGAGGCUUCCAUUCUUCUGCUACAGAUCAAGGCAUCUGCUGACUACUUUACGGACGACGCGGCUCUUAUGAAGGAUCCCUCACCUGUACACGUAGAUCUCAUCCUCGACCCCUAUCUUUAUGGUAUCGUCCCCCGUUCUCUAGUCCCAGCAGCUGGCUAUCUUGUUCUUGUCGGCGCGGUGGCUUGGUUUGUGUCCAGAUCUAUCGCCUCUAAGUUACAGACAAUUGCAGUCACAACCGAUGGCGCAAACAAGAAACAGAAUUAACGGGGUGUUGGCACCAUCGGGCUCUUGACUCUAGAUGCUAAAAAGGGGGCUUGGUGGAAUGCGUUCUACUAUCUACGUUAAUCAUAUUGCUCGUAACUUCUCCAACUUCAUGUCACUCUCCCUGGCCCUCUCAAGAGCUUCGAUAUCUAUACUCGUUUCGACACACAUCUUCA